UAUAUAUAUAUAUAUUACCAGUACUGGAAUUCAAAUCUGAAGAAGCCUAGCUUGUUUCAUUGUUGUCCAACACAAACUAUUGCUUUGUACUUUGCAUAGAAAACAAGUAUCAAGAGAUUUGGUGGUGGAGGAUUCUGAUAAUCUGGUCACAGGGGAAGAUGGAAAGCAGAGUGGUAUUUGAGAAUGAUUUGAAUCUCAAGGCAACAGAGCUAAGAUUGGGGUUGCCAGGGACGGAGGACAAAACCGUGCAUGCUAUUAGUAUUAGAAACAACAAAAGGCAAGUGCCUGAAACUUCUCAAGAGUCUGUUUCCAUUUCCAAGGCCUCACCUGACCAGCAUGUGGAGAGUGAUCCAGCCCCUCCAGCCAAGGCAAAGAUAGUGGGGUGGCCACCAAUCAGAUCUUACAGGAAACAAAGCCUGCAGGAGGGUGAUCAGGGGGAUGGGAUCUAUGUGAAAGUGAUCAUGGAUGGAGCACCUUACCUCAGAAAGAUUGACUUGAAAGUCUAUAGGGGCUAUCCUGAACUACUCAAAGCUUUAGAAACCAUGUUCAAGUUGACCAUAGGUGAGUACUCUGAAAGAGAGGGUUACAAGGGUUCUGAAUAUGCACCUACAUAUGAAGACAAAGAUGGUGACUGGAUGCUAGUUGGAGAUGUUCCAUGGGACAUGUUUAUGACUUCCUGCAAAAGGCUAAGAGUCAUGAAAGGCUCAGAAGCUAGAGGGUUGGGUUGUGGUGUGUGACAAACAGUUAAUUUACUAUGGCUAUGAUGAGGAGAUUAAAUCAUUCUUUCAUCAAUUCAGUUCUUGGAACUAAGGGAUUUUGAAUCAAUGCUUAGCUAUCUGUCUAUCUAUCACCAUGCCAAUCUGGGAGGACUCUAAAGUAGGGAUAUGGAAGGCUCUUUCUACAAGUUUUGUCAAUAUUUCUGGUUAUUAAUUUUAGCAUAUGUGAUUGGGGGUGCUAUAUGCUAUUAUUUCCAUUGAACCCUUUCAAGAGGAACCUCAGAGAAAUUUGUCUUAAACGAAGUUUGUGGACAAGAGAGAUAAAAGGGAUUGAUUUGUUCAUCCAAGGUUUUUUUUUUUCUUUUUCUUUUUAUCUCACACAAAAAUAUAGUGUAAUACAUCAAAUAUUCAUGUAAUACUUUGCAAUUCAAUGGACACAAAAUUAACUA